AGGGCCGCGCCCGGAGCGCUGUGGAGUGUAGUGUCGGGGUGUGGCCUGGUGGCAGUGGUGGCCGCAUGCGGUAAUGCUCGGCACGCGGUCGGCGGGCUGGUAGCGGCCGCGGCAUGGCGCGCCGCGCUCCCCGCGCCCGCGCCCGCCCCCCUCACGCACCAUGAGCGACCUGCAGGCCACCUUCGAGUUCUCCGUGGAACUGUACAAGUUCUACAAUGUCGACCUCUUCCAGAGAGGGAUGUACCAAGUGCGCGUGGGCCUCCGCGUUUCCCCGAAGGUGCCGGUCCACAUCGAAGCCUCGGUGUCCAGCGGCAAUGGCGCCGCCAGGACCGGCCGGCCCACCACCAACGCAUCCCUCAUCGGCGGCCUGGCAGCUUCUAGAGCUUUCCAGAUCAUGUACAGGAAUGAGGAGGUCACUUUGAGGGAUAUAGUGCAUUUCAGAGCUCAUUUGUUGGUCGACAGCCGAAACCUCAAAGAAUCCUUGGAGCGAGCGGAAUGGAGUCUAGGCGUGGAGCUCUGGUGCAGCGAAGGGGCGCAGUCCAGCACCCUAGCGCCUGUCUCCUGCAGGGUCUUAAAGCUGCACUUUCAGCCGUCCCAGGGCUUGCAUUACCACCUGCCGGUGCUGUUCGACUACUUCCACCUAUCAGCCGUAUCCAUCACCAUCCAUGCGAGCCUCGUUGCUUUACAUCAGCCUUAUAUCAACACCCCACGUUCAAGCAAGCAAUGGGGCAAGCUGAUGAAGAGCGCAGGAUCCAACUUCAAUACAUCGGGCAGUUUCGAGAAUGUUCUGUUCGGCUCUGCGGGUAAAUGUGCCGGCGGAAACUCCAGCAAAAUUGCGCAUGCCAGACAAGUACACGCAGAAGUAUGUGGCAUCCUGUUAGGAUCCCUGGACGGGCUGCAAAGUGCUCUGGCUGUCUGUGGGUCCACUGGUGUCCUUCUCACUCCUGAGGAGUCCACUACCAAUACCGUCGUGGGGGAAGUUGCUCAGAGGAUAAAGGAUCUUAGUGAUAUAGGCAAGAAAUCCGAAGCUGGCGAAGAAGAAGAAUGGGCGGCGGGUGCGGCACACGACAUCGCUCGGCUCUGUGCUGAGGUGACGCUGCGGUGGCGAGCCUUUCUCCACCACACUUCUGAUAGGCCCCAUGUCCAUCAUGCCUUGGCAGCUAGACACCAUGCGCUGAGGAUAAAGCGUUUCUCCGAAUGCUUUUUCGUGCUGGACAACCCUCGUCACUCAUUGGCUGGCUGCUACGACAGUAACUACCAAUCAUACCAGAGCGUUGGAGAAGUUGCCAGAAGAUCGCGAUACCUCGCUCUCCUGCCCCCUCUCCCGGUCCAUUGCAUCGCGUUAGAUGGUGAUCCUCAUAUUAUGCCCAUCAUAUUCGAAGAUAGAUACCAAGACACGGCAGAGUUUGCGAGAAGACGUUCAUUUUUAAAUUCUGGCGCCAAUAAAUCGGGCAGCGAUCCGUUUUUAUGUUCCGAGCCGAUUGGAGAAGAUUGCGCUUGCACUAUUACUUCAAUAAUGGAUUCAAGAAGACCAUCAUCUGAAGCGUCUAGGGUCACACUAACCCUGCCGAAAACAAUACUUGAUGUCCUAGAACCACAAUUUAUUGCACCAAAAUCUAAUUCCAGUGUAGUACAGGCCACACUAACUCUCGCCCCUCAAAAAUCGGCACGAGGAUCUCCAAAGAAGGCAUUAGUGAAACAAAAUGUUGUUGAAUUGAGUAAACCACAUAAUAAACAACUUGAAUUAACUGGAAGAAAUAGAUAUAUUGUACAGAACAAUCAAAUUAGCGAAAUUCAAUUACCUCCAAACAACGCAUUUGCUUCAUGUCCAAUUCAACAAGGUCAACAGAUGUCUCGUUACUCCGCCUCAACAUUGUUAGAUAUCAAUACUACCAAGAGUAGUACUAAUAUAUCUCAAAUGGGCGUAGAUAACACUGAUCCCAACGAAGUUUUUCGACAAAAACAUGAAAUCACCAGUGGAGUCAGUACAUUACCCGCUAGACAUAGCAAAUCCCUCGAUCAGUUAAGAGUUUCACAAAUGACACCUCUGAGCAAUCCGCAAACGUUAGCUAAAAAUGUAAGAAGUGGUUCAAAUCAAUCUGUGAAUUAUCCCAAACCCCACAUUCCUCCACAUAAAACAAUUAAACCAACAACGUUACCUCGAAGCGUUACAACGACGGCAUAUCCUACAAACACAACAGUACGAUGCUCUUCUAAGGGUGACGAUUAUAGAAGAAAUAUAAGUGAAUUUAGGGAAAAAUAUAAAAAUCCCUGUAAUCUUAUUAAUUCUCAUGGAAUUAACAAUGAAGUAUUUCACAAUAUAGGUUAUAAGUACGAUGGAAUGAUGCAAGCAAAUCCUAACCAAGUGUACGGUUAUAUCGGUAAUCAGGGUACGAUGCAAACGAAUAAUGUUAUUCGUAAUCCGUUAGAAUUUCAAAGAGGUUAUAGAGUAAAUUUACCCCGUCCUAUGUUGCCUCCACGUAAUUCUUAUCCACCGGUUAGUGGGAAAAAUCAAGUGACUGAUCAAAGUAACUUAAUUUCUAAUAAACAUGUUCAUAGAUCUAACUCUACUCACGUGUUUCAUCAAAAUAUGGAAAAUCAGCAACAAAUUGAUAUUGAAGCAGCUCGCAAUCAACUGCGCCACGAACUGAACUAUUAUCUUCAGAAAGGAGAUUGGAGUUAUGAUUUUAAUACUGGUAGUUUAAUACAGAAUUAUCAAAAGAAAUCUAGUAAAAGUAGUGACGACAGUGGAUUUGUUAUGACAUUAGAUAGGAGUAGUGAUGGAACAUCGAAAUCAACUUAUUCAAAAACGCCUCCAUCAACACCACAUUCUACAAUGCCCUCGAUAAGGCACAAAAAAAGCAGAUCAAAAGAAUCAAAACUCAAUAACAGUGGAAAAGAAAACACUAAAAUUCAUUCAAGCCGGGACUCUUUGAGUAGUCACCAUUCUAUUAGGUCUAGAGAUAGUAAAUCUGAUCGGCACACCUCAAAAUCAGAACGAAGUACACCUAAAUCAGACAGGGGAACUCCAAGGUCUGGAAAAGCUACACCAAAAUCUGGUGGUGUAACGCCUAAAUCUGGCCUUGCAACGCCUAAAUCAGGCCGAGCUACCCCAAAGUCAGGCAUAGUCACACCAAAAAGUGGGAGAUCUAGUGGCAAACCUGAGAAACGAACAAAACACAAAGCCUCAGAAAAAAUGACACAGUUGAUGUCUGAAGCUGCAUCUUCAUCUAGUAACGAAAGUAUACCUUUUGAAUUGAAAAGACUUGAAUCAUCAGCUAGUGUACCAUAUAGCCUAGAUCAUGGACCAGAGUUGUUAAGACAUUGUAGAAGUGCUGCUUCUGUUUUAGAUGAACCUAAUCUAAACAAUACUUUUGGUUCAGAAUCAUUGCCAAAUUUGGCACCACCUCCAGCAUUUGAAUCCCCUCCUCUGGAUAUUGCUGACAAGGAUUUUAAAAUACUUCCACCAGACAAUUUCCUCAAUAAAGAAGAAAAGAGAAGUAGAUGUAGUUCAACGUCGAGUAUGAGUGAACAAAGUGGAUGGGUUUCAAGUGGAAGAAGCUCAGGUCCAUCCUCGCCAGAUAAUGCUAGUUGUCAAUUAAUUCAAAAUUAUCCUCCUCCUGGAAAUUCCACAACAUCUAAAAUUUCUAAUAAAAAAUAUGAAGAAGAAACUGAUGCAAGAAAAAUGAAUGGUGAAACUAUAAGCGAUUUUAAAAGAACAGUUCUCAAUGGAGAGCAAUUGCGUGAACGCUUACUAAAGCUAGCUGUAAAAGUAUCACAGAAUAACUCAAAUGAAAAAAUAGAAUGUUGUGACAAGGAAGUGUGUGAAGAGUGCACUAUAUGUAGUGACUCUAUAUGUACGGAUAGCCAGUGUGAAUACAAUAAGUUAAUGCAUAGCAACGGUAUAGAUGCUGGUUGUAAUUCUGACACUUGUAAUGCCAGUUGCUACCAGAAAUGUUCUGAAGCCAGCACGGGAAAAAUAAAUCAACGACAUAAUUCGUUCAGUGCUGUUCAAGGUAAAUCGUACUUAACUCCAAAAAAUUCUAAUGAGGGCACAGUGAAGAAAUCCCAAACAGUGAGUGAUAAUCUUCAUCCCUACAUCCGCAAAGAAAUACCUCCGAAGGCUACUGCACCACAAGUUCCGGCAAAAUCUAGUAGUAAUCUAGAUAAAACGAAAUUAAAAGACAGGAUCCAAUAUACAGAGAAAUUAAUAGCAGCAGAAAUCCGAAGCCUAACUGUAGAAAGACCUUGUAAAACACACCCUAAGAAUGCAGCUGCAGGUCCAAUAUCAGCUAUACAGAAAUACCACGGUAAAGCGAAGUCUGAAAUUGAUCUUGCACACUUUGUAGGAGAUAACGAUUAUGAGCACUUGCCUCCACCACAACAAUUUAGAGAUGCUCCACCGCCACCCGAUGAAUUCAAGGACCCCCCAACAAAGUCUCCUAAACUAAGUCGGCAGAGCAGCAAAUCGUCAAAAUCAUCUACACCUUCAAAAACACCAAAGAAACAGGCAACUCAACCCUCAACUUUGCAGUUAGAUAACCCACUAUAUCAUGUUUGUGAAGGUAUCAUGGAAAGAAGAAAACUGAAACCUCACCAAUCCGUAAAUUCUAUUGGCGGUGGUAUGGGAGGCACUCUUAAUAAAAGUCAAAGCACGGGAGAACUUGCUAACAGAAAUGAAAAUGGACAUGAACCCCGUGAAAGUAAUCUCGUCAGCAUCUUUGGUUUGGCUGAAUCUGAACGUCUGUUUGUGAAAUGCAGAGAAGAAUUCAGACAAAGUGUCAAGUAUCCUGGAGCUAUUUAUUCAGACUUUACGCCUGCAGAGAGUUCGUUACCUUACUUCCACAUUAGUGAUGAAUAUAGAAUGUUUAAUCCUGAAGGUUUACAUCUCAUCAUUUGUGUUCAUGGACUGGAUGGUAAUGCGGCGGAUCUAAGGCUUGUCAAGACCUACCUAGAAUUAGGUCUGCCUGGCGCUCGUCUAGAUUUUCUAAUGUCUGAGAGGAAUCAAGGCGACACGUUCUCAGAUUUCGACACUAUGACUGAUCGGCUAGUUCAAGAAAUUUUGAACCACAUUCAGAACUCGAGUGAGCCAGCCAGAAUCAGUUUCGUGGGUCAUUCCCUCGGAACCAUCAUCAUAAGAUCGGCAUUGGCCCGUCCACAAAUGAAGCAGUUCUUGGGGAAACUCCACACGUUUCUUUCGCUAAGUGGCCCUCAUCUUGGAACUCUGUAUAAUUCAAGCGGUCUAGUCAAUGCUGGGAUGUGGUUCAUGCAAAAGUGGAAGAAGUCAGGGUCUCUUCUCCAACUCUCCCUUAGAGAUGCUUCUGAUCCUCGCCGCUCUUUCCUCUACCGCCUCAGUGAAAGAAGUCAACUGCAUCAGUUCAAGCACAUACUUUUGUGUGGAUCUGGUCAAGAUAGAUAUGUUCCAUUACAUUCGGCUAGAUUGGAAUUGUGCAAGGCUGCUGCGAAGGAUGCCUCGCUGUUGGGACAGGCUUAUAGAGAAAUGGUGCACAAUAUGGUAUCGCCACUGGCAGCCCGCGCGUCCACCGUGUCCGUGGUACGCUACGACGUCCAACACGCACUACCGCACACCGCAAGCGCGCUAGUUGGCAGAGCCGCUCAUAUAGCGGCCUUAGACUCUGACCUCUUCAUAGAAAAAUUCCUUCUUGUCUCUGCUUUAAAAUAUUUCCGAUAAAUUUCAAAUUAGAACACACUUCUUUUUGAAUAGAAACUUUUUUUUGACAAUGUUAUCUACCAGGAUUUCUCAAACUAAGGAAUUUAAAAAUAAUGGAAUAUGAUCAUGAUAAAUUGUAAAUUUUACAUUUUUGUGUAUAUUUGUAAGUUAAUUACGAUUACAAUUAGGUUAAUUUUGUUAUUGAGCUUUUUUUAUAAUAUGGAACUUGUUUUAAACACUUUAUUAAAAUAUCUGACUGCAUUUGACACGAGGUAAAAAUAACUGUGGCAUUUUUUCUUUCCGCAUUUAGGUAAUUCUAACAGUUGGGUAGCAGUUCUUGGAAAAUUUACCAAAGACUAAUGAAGUUGCUCUACCAUGAUAGACGGAGGGCUUAAAUUUAAAAAUAUCAAUAGUAAUUUUUUUGCAUACCAAGGCAAAAACAAAUUACUUAUGUUCCAAACUGUUCCAAAUUCAAACGAUUUCGGUCAUAAGUUUUUAUGUGGUGCGAAGACAAAUCGUAAAAAAGUGUGAUAAUUCGAAUAGAGUCCUAACUUGUAGUGUUAACUUUGUUGAGAAUAAACGAAACAACAAUUUUAAUUACUUAAGUAGUUGUAAGACGGAUCUUUACACCAAUUAAUUAAGACUUAGCAACUUUAGAUUACUAGGUAGAUGUUAUAUAAACUUAUUUAUUGUCUACAAAAAGUUCGUAAUAUAUGUGUAAUAAAACGUAGUACUUAUUGUAUUUAUUAUGAUUUUUCACUCGGGGAAUUUUUGCAUAAAUUUCUAUCUGCUUCAAUCGUGUUUCAAUAUGUUACACUGCAAAGUAAAAAUUUAACUCCUACACUUAACUAAACCACAACCCAUUUAAAAAUUAUAUACCAAUCACACAUUAGGUAUUAUGUUGUAAUCCCAAAUGUGUUUGGUUAAUAAACAAUAUUUAUUUUUAAUAAUUACUAGUACCUAUUAAGUUAUUCAGGCAUACCUACCUAGUAUUAAGAGUUCUUUUGUAUAAACCUAAGUAAAUAAUCAAUAUUUCACACCGACCGCUGCAACAGCACCGUUAUAAUUAUGUUAAAAAUCCUCUUUGUAAAUGCAUUUACUGGCAGUUAGUAUUUGUAAUUUACGUUUAGGUACCAAAACACCAAAAAUAAAAUAUAACUAAGCCUGCAUUUCAAUCAAUCA